AUGACGUCACACAUAUUGACACACUGAACGGGAGGAAGUUACGGCCAGAGAGUGUUGAAAAUUGCUUCCGUUUCGGAUGAGCUUUCAAGCGCGAACAAAAUUUGGUCAUCGCCGCACCGAAAACGGUACAUACAACCCGUUUAUUGGUGGUUGAGCAGGUUUGAUCUGGGCUAGGGUCUUCAAGGUAGAGCAACUCCCUCCUCUCGCUGAAAGGCCUUCAGCACUCAUAUGAAAAUGAAGACGAAGGUGUGCUUACUGGCAGUGGCUCUUGGGCUAGGCCUUGCUCAACAUCACUGUCAGAUGAAACGUGGCAGAACAUCAAUAGUCCACUUGUUUGAAUGGCGUUGGGCUGAUGUUGCUCAGGAAUGUGAGCGGUACUUGGCACCUAAUGGUUAUGGCGGGGUUCAGAUUUCCCCUCCCAGUGAAAACAUUGUUGUCACCAAACCUUGGCGGCCCUGGUGGGAGAGAUAUCAGCCAGUCAGCCACAAUCUGUGCUCCCGAUCUGGAACGGAACAAGAGCUGAGGGACAUGAUCACUAGAUGCAAUGCCGUCGGGGUGAAUAUCUAUGUGGAUGCAGUUAUCAAUCACAUGUGUUCAUCCGAAGGUGGGGAGGGUAGGCACUCAACCUGUGGCUCAUAUUUCAAUGCCAGCAAAGAGGAGUUCCCAUCUGUUCCCUUCUCUGCGCAGGAUUUUAAUGACCAAAAAUGCAGAACUCGGAGUGGAAAUAUUGAGAACUACCAAGACAUUUAUCAGGUGCGUGACUGUCGCCUGGUAGGCCUUCUUGACCUGGCCCAUAGGCGGGAACACGUUCGCCAAAAGGUGGCCGAAUACAUGAAUGCACUGAUAGACCUGGGUGUGGCUGGAUUCCGGGUGGAUGCCUGCAAGCACAUUUGGCCAGAAGAUUUGCACGUAAUUUACAGCAGACUUCAUAAUCUUAACACCACGUGGUUCCCAGCUGGUUCUAAGCCUUUCAUUUAUCAAGAGGUGAUUGACCUUGGUGGGGAACCAAUAAAAGCCUCUGAAUACGAUGAGAUGGGCCGUGUAACAGAGUUUAAGUAUGGUGCCAGACUGGGCACAGUCAUCCGCAAAUGGAAUGGCGAAAAGCUGUCAGAUCUCAAGAACUGGGGUGAAGACUGUGGAUUGAUGGCAUCAGAGAAAGCUCUUGUGUUUUUGGACAACCAUGACAACCAGAGAGGACAUGGGGCAGGGGGCACAUCCAUCCUCACCUUCUGGGAACCCAGGUUGUACAGAUUAGCUAUGGGCUUCAUGCUGGCCCACCCUUACGGGAUGACUAGGGUGAUGUCAAGUUAUCGCUGGAAUCGCCAAAUCGUUGAUGGAAAAGAUCAGAAUGAUUGGAUGGGACCUCCAAGUUUUCCUGAUGGGUCCACAAAGCCUGUUCAUAUCAAUCCAGAUGGUGAAUGUGGAGAUGGAUGGGUGUGUGAACACCGGUGGCAUCAGAUCAGAAACAUGGUAAUUUUCCGAAAUGUUGUCAAUGGUCAGCCGCUGUGUAACUGGUGGGAUAAUGGAAGCAAUCAGAUCGCUUUUGGGCGUGGCAAUCAUGGCUUCAUCGUCAUUAACAACGAUGACUGGACCCUGGACGAGAUACUGAAUACUGGCUUGGCUAGUGGAACGUACUGUGACGUCAUCUCUGGGCAGAAGGAGGGAGGGCGAUGUACCGGGAAGCAGGUCACUGUGGGGGAAGAUGGAAAAGCACACUUCAGGAUCAAGUGCUCUGACCCUGACCCAUUUUUUGCCAUCCACAUGAACUCUAAAUUAUAGAUGCAAAAACCAACAACGGCAGCAAGACAGCCCUUUCCUUUCAUCGCGGAGUAACAUCGGUUUCACCUGAGUGCAGCUAUGGCACCCACCAUUUGGGCCGUGGGACAGCGCAAGGAGCAGACUGUAAAUUAACACUCCCUCAAACCUCAGGAGGGACAGUUUCCAAGGUCAGUCCCACAGACUGUGUGAAAUCAGACAUCCGUAUGGGAGCCGCGUCCCGCGUGUUUGCGCUGAGGAGGGAACGCCAUAUGAGGUGAGACAGCAAAGGUGAAAUCCAGCAUGACAUUCCACUUUGUUGUCAUGGCAACUCAGCCCUGAUGAAAAGCUGAAAAACAAUAAAACAUCUUUUUUUUCUUUCUUUUUUUUUUUUUAAAGAAAGGAAAAGGGAAAAUGACUGUCUUAGACCUGGGUAAUUGAGAGUAUGAUGUGGCACUGAGAAGGAGUUGCCUGACAUUUCCGCCAACAUUUGAUGACUCCUAACAACCACACUACGCGGCAGCCAUUUUGGAGAACUGACUGAACAUAUUGCACCUGCUAAAUUAUUUACCCACACUUCGUCACUCCGUCCUGAACUGCAGUGAAAGCUGUACCUACUGAUUAUAAGCCAGCAUGUCACUGUAGCUGGGCAGGGUUUUAGACCUGUCAUUUUUGCUGAUACCUUUUGACCCAGUUGUCAACAGUGUCCCGAUCGGGGUGUAUAUUUCAUCAUGCCCAUCAUAAAUCUGGAUUCCAGCACACCGAUGGACUGUACUACUCGUUACAUACACAUUUAAAAUGAUCAAAUGAUUAAAUUGCAACCAAGAAAGAACAUUUGCCUGAACUAUCAUUCUUUAAUAUUUUAUAUAUGUUACUCCAGUCAAUAUUGUGGUAUUUAACACAAAAACAUUAUCCAUGCAGUAUUAUGUCAUAUUGAAAACAACACAACCUUGUAUUUCCGUUAUGGCCAAAAUUUUCAAAGGGACAGAGAACAUGCAACUGACAGUUGUGGAAGACAUUUUUUUCUUGGUGUAAGCCAUUACUUUGUGCCAAUAGUGUGAAUGUAUUGCGAUCAAAGAAUAUUCAUGUCAGUGUUUCAUAAUCCCAUUUGCUAAUUGCAAUGAAUAACACCUUUAAAUUACUUGUUUUAUUAUGCCUUUGAAUUAUUAAACACUGCAACCCCUUUGCACACACCUCUUUGCAAUGAAUUUUGAAACACAUAUAUAUGUCCACACACACACACACACCAUUAUAUAGUUAUCUUCAUAACAUGUUCACAAAAUUAAUUCAAGGCCAAUAAUACAAACCUUGGAAAAUAUUGACAUUUUGGAGCCGGUUCUCUUGCUCAGAACCGGCUCCAUCUUUAUUUCCUCUUAGUCUGUUCAAUUUUCUGAAAUUUCUGAAUCACUGGAGGCUGGAGGCAGAUUUGUUAUUUCCUUGGAAUAAAUUCACAAAUAUUGUGGCAAGGGGAGAAAUGGCAAUAUGUGUUCAGUCCACAGAAGAUUGUCCAGUUUGGCAUCUCUGCUCCACUGGAGGGCAGUAUUGAAACAAAUAACCGCACUGGUUUGGGAAGCAGUAGGAGGGCACAUCAUUUUAAUCAAUCUUUUUUCCAAGUUGGGGUUGUGUUUACUUAAACUGCUGUUGGCCACUAAAAAGGUUGAAGAACCAAGGUCUCUUAGUUCCCAUGAAUCUGUUUGGCAGCAACAACAGGAAGAAUUGCAGCUUCAUUUCCAAAUGAAUGUGUACAGGAGAAUCUUAUGUUCAUCCCCUGAAAGCCCUCCACCCACAUGCUGACUUUCCACCAGUGUUACACAGCACAUACUAGUUGACACAUAUGGCUUAAAUAGCUGUAGAAGGACACCAAAAGUAAUGUAAUUAGUAAGGGAAUUAAUUGAAUUACUCCCGGGCAGCAUUGUAUUAUUUUUAAACGGACUACGUUUGUGUUUUUUUUUUUACCCCACAUGUAUUUUAACAGUAUACUUCAAUGUUCUUGCUUGCAAAUCAGAUUACUGUGUUGCAACAGACUUCACAUGGUUAAAAACAAGCGUACAGUAUGUACAGUAAAAUGAGGUUGGUCCUGCUCUCAAACUAUUUCAUAUUUACUUUAAAUAAAUGUAUACGGCUUUGUUUAUUUCAAAUUUUCAA